AGUUUUGUGUUCUCUCUCUCUCUCUCUCUCUCUCUCUCUCUCUCUUCUUCAGCAUUCAGCAAUUAGCCAAAUAAGCCAACAAGCCGAUUACCCUUUUUGCUCUCACAGCUUAUUAUUUUUUUGGGGGCUCAUUUUCUCUCUCUCUCUCGAUCUUCACGGCCUUUGCUCCCUCCUCCUCCUCACCUCAUCGAUCUCUCAAAAGAAAACUAGGGUUUCGACUUCGAACUUCAAAGCCACCGACCUCCCCACCCCUGCUCUCAAAUCCCCACCUCUCGGCUUUGUCCCUGAAGAGGCCCUAGAUUUUCUGCUGCUUCUUCUAGGGUUUACAGAUCUAAGACAGCUCUUACUUCCCAGCUCUGCUUUCUACUUCUUCACCAUGUUUUGGAAGCUCACUGCUCUCUCUGCCUCCUCGCCUGUGGAGUCGGUGCUAGACAAGGACAAUUUUACACUGGAUGAGCUUCUGGAUGAAGAAGAAAUUAUCCAAGAAUGCAAAGCUUUAAACACUCGUCUCAUUAAUUUUUUAAGGGAUAGAGCCCAGGUGGAGCAAUUAUUGCGUUAUAUUGUUGAAGAACCUCCUGAGGAUGCUGAAAGCAAACGAGCCUUCAAGUUCCCUUUCAUUGCUUGUGAGGUUUUUACAUGUGAAAUUGAUGUUAUUUUGAAGACUUUGGUGGAUGAAGAGGAGCUAAUGAACUUACUUUUCUCCUUCUUGGAACCAAAUCGUCCUCAUAGUGCCCUGCUUGCUGGGUAUUUUAGCAAGGUGGUUGUAUGCCUUAUGAUACGAAAGACAGUCCCACUUAUGAAUUAUGUUCAAGCCCAUCAGGAUGUUUUCCGCCAGUUAGUUGAUUUGAUAGGAAUUACAUCCAUCAUGGAGGUUUUGGUUCGACUUGUUGGUGCGGAUGACCAUGUGUAUCCCAAUUUUAUAGAUGUGAUGCAAUGGUUAGCUGAAAGUAAUCUGCUAGAAAUGAUCGUAGAUAAAUUGAGCCCUGCUAAUUCUCCUGAAGUUCAUGCUAAUGCAGCUGAGACACUUUCUGCUAUAACUCGAAAUGCCCCAUCAGCCCUAGCCAACAAACUUUCUAGCCCAAGUUUCGUUGCAAGGAUAUUUGGUCAUGCACUGGAAGAUUCACAUUCGAAGUCUAGUCUUGUAAACUCGCUUUCUGUUUGUAUCUCUUUGUUGGAUCCGAAAAGAUCAGCAGUUUCUUCUCCCUUGUUCCAUUCUUUUCGGAGUCAACACAUGUACGAGUCUCCAAUCCCUGUUAAUCCAGACACUGUCAGUGCAAUGCUGCCAAAACUCGGUGACUUGCUUAUGCUUUUGAAUGUGUCAACGGAUGAGAAAACACUGCCGACAACAUACGGAGAGUUGAGGCCUCCACUUGGAAAGUAUCGUUUAAAGAUUGUGGAGUUCAUUGCUGUUCUAUUGAGAUCGGGUAACGAAGAUGCAGAAAAGGAAUUGGUUAGCUCGGGAACCAUCCAACGGAUCAUUGAUCUUUUCUUUGAGUACCCCUACAAUAACUCAUUGCACCAUCAUGUAGAUAGUAUCAUAUCGUCAUGUUUGGAAAGCAAGAGUGAUGCUAUUGUUGAUCAUCUUCUUCGAGAGUGUGAUUUGAUUGGGAAGUUUCUCCAAACAGAUAAACAUCCUCUUCUAUCUAGUGAUACUAGCAAGCCAACGGUACCUGCUGCUGGUAAAUCGGCACCACGGGCAGGAAACCUGGGACACAUUACACGAAUUUCUAAUAAGCUCAUUCAGUUGGGAAGCAGCCAAAGCCGUGUUAAGGCAUGCCUUCAGGAACAUAGCGAAUGGAAUGAGUGGCAGACUACAGUUUUGCAGGAGCGCAAUGCAGUUGAAAAUGUUUAUCGAUGGGCUUGCGGCCGCCCAACUGCUUUGCAAGACAGGACGAGGGAUAGUGAUGACGACGACAUGAAUGACAGAGAUUAUGAUGUAGCAGCUUUAGCAAAUAAUCUAAGCCAGGCUUUUAGAUACAAAAUAUAUGGGAAUGAGGACGCAGGAGAGGACCAUGGAACUCUAGAUCGAGAUGACGAGGAUGUCUACUUUGACGAUGAAUCUGCUGAAGUAGUCAUAUCAUCCUUGCGGCUUGGUGAUGACCAGGGAAGCAGUUUAUUUACAAAUUCCAACUGGUUUGCAUUCCAAGAUGAUAGAAUGGGUAAUGCACCAGUGGGCACAUCAGAGAUGGAGGAAGUAAACUUGAAUGGGACUGCGAAUGGUGGUAAUAGCAGUAGUGAUGAUGAGGUUGUGGUAGGGGAGGAUGAUGAAUUGGCCGGAAGUAAAGACUCUGUCGAUGGCACAUCCACUUCCAACAAAAACCUUAUGAAUGGAUUUAAUGGGAACAGUGGAAACAUGAACCCAGAUGGUGAGAACGCAAGUGCCUCCCAUGAUAUGGGUGGAUUCUUCAGAUUUGAGGCAACUGACAAUGAGGAUUUGUUUGGAGACAGGCCUUUGCCCGAAUGGGUGGGAUGGAGUGAAUCAUCAGAUUUGCAAGUCGGUGGUGCAAGUAUAAAUCCAUUUGAGGAUCAUGAUGACUCAGAUGUCAAUCCUUCGAGUCAUACCGAGGUAGUGGCACCUGAUGCUAGUUUGCCUUCAAGUGGAGAAUUUGCUCUUUCAAAUGGCUCUCCCUCCUCCACUGCUUCUACUGCAGGGUCGCCGGGUAGUGAUGGGAACCAACGAUCAGCUGCAGUGCCAUCAUUAUUUGAAGAGGAUGUUGAAUUUGUUGGCGUCGAACUAGAAGGUACUGAGAAGGCUAUGGAGCAGGCUCUUAAACAGGGAAUAGUAGGGGAGGCAGGGCCGUUGAAGAAAAACAUUGUGCCAAAGGUGCCAGAAAAGGACAACUCCGACGAUGGUGGGCCUGCAAAUAAGGAGUUCAAUGAUGCAAAUUAUUGGAGGGUUGAUCAGGAGGUUGCUGUUUUGGAGUAAAUGGUGGGUUGAUCCUGCUUAAGGCUGUUCAAAUCUGAAACUGGGUACAACAGCAGUGGACCCCAUUUUCCGGAUGGCAGGGUGCCAGCGGCCUAUGCAGCAGCAGCGGGAGGUCAUAUGUACAGUAUAUUUUUGUUUCGACAUGGGAUCAGAUGGUAGGUUGUGUUAUGGUUAUUUGCUGUUUACUUAUUGUUACUCAUUGUUUAUUAUUUAAGUUUUUUUUUUUAAUCUUUGGUUUCGUUCUGAUACUGAUAAUGGGAUUUUCCCAAAAUCCAAAAUAUUUAGUUUCGUUUCUGGCUGGAAUCAUUCUUAAUGUGGUAUCUUUCAUUUGAUGAAUCUGGACCCGUUACCUAUAAAUUGGUUAGGUAUUAUUAUUCUA